AUGCGCUGGUUACGAUGGUCAACGGUAUUCGCCAUUCUCUUUUAUAUGUUCUUCAUCGGUGUGAUAUUGCAUUCGACCACCUACAAAUUACAGCAUUCCUUGAAAAACAAUCAACAGCAUCGACAUGGCCACCACAGUAGCGAGGACAGCCAACAGCAACCUGACCAAAUGCCAGAAAACCAACACAUUUACCAACACCGACUGUCACAGACACAGUCGCGGCAUAAUGACGAGGAAUUCGCCUCACUCUAUGAGGACCUGAAGUCGGCCACACAUCAAGCCGGCGGAGGUGGUGGCAGUAGCAAUGUGUUAACGGAUACCCUGACACGAAGUGCUGUGAUGCCAGUGCCAGCCGAGGCAGCAUCAUUGGCCUCGUCCUCAUUAUCCACAGCGAGCAAACAGGAAAAGAAAGGUACCUCAGCGUCAGCUGCAUCAUCAUCAGUAGCCUCACCGGAAACGGUAAUAUUGGUAGCAAGUUCGGCUAAUGAGAAGCAUAUUUUGGAAAAGGCUUUUAAAAGAGCCGAUCGGAAUCACGACAACUAUUUAACCAUCAAAGAAUUAGGACAAUAUAUCAAUAAAAACAUUGUGGACCAUAUCGAUGAAGCCAUACAAUUAAAUCCUCGAGAAUUCCGUCGCGUUGAUAUAUCCCCCGCCGAUGGUCUGGUUACCUGGGAAGAAUAUCAUCGUUAUUUCCUGAAAGAACACGGCAUGACCGAAGCCGAUAUUGAUGAACAUAAUGAAAUUAAACAUACCGCUCUGAAUCGUAAAGCACGUGAAGAUAUGAUGCGUGAUAAGGCCCGAUGGUCGGAGGCAGCGCGCACUGAUCUUUUCACCCUAACCAUUGAUGAAUAUCUUUCAUUUCGCCAUCCGGAAUCAAGUAUAAGUAAUUUACUCGAAUUGGUCGAUGAUUUGUUGAGACAAUUCGAUCAGGAUGGUGAUGAUCAGCUGAGUAUAGAAGAAUUUUCCGAAGUGAAUGUGGCGGAUGAUGAUGAUUUGAUACGGAAAUCAUUGAUAUCGAAAACGGUUGUGGAAAGGAGAGAAGAAUUUAAGCGGAUAAUUGAUAAAAAUCAAGAUGGCAAAGCGGAUCGUGGAGAAUUGUUGAAUUAUGUAAAUCCCAAAACGCCCAGAUAUGCUCUUCAGGAAGCGGCCACCCUUUUCAGUUUAUGUGAUGAAGAUCGUAAUGGCAAAUUGACACUGAAAGAGAUCCUCUCAAAUGCUGAAAUCUUCCUAACAUCCAAAAUGAUUGAUACGGCUCAGAGUUUUCAUACCGAAUUUUGAAUUUUAUA